CCCCAUCUUCAUCUCCCUGCAGCUGGAUGAAAACGUGCAGGUCCUGCUGAGAGGCUAUGAUGGGGACUGUGAGCCCCCACCCCCUGGAACCCCUGCUCCCCCAACUGCAGAGGAGCCCAGGUCAGAGUCAAUGGGACCAGACCCUGAGAGCACAGUCAGCCCUAGUACCGAGGGCCCAGAUAGGACAGAAACAGCCCCAUCUGUUGCAGCCCCAUCCACGCCCUGGAAGGCUGGGGGGUCGUUGCUGAAUGAGCCAGCCCUGUCCUUCCUGGCCACACUGGCCAGCAGCAGCAGCGAGGAGAUCGAGCUGCAGCUGCAAGAGCGCAUGGAGUUCUCCAAGGCCGCUGUGUCCCGGGUGGUCGAAGUCUCCAACAAGAUCCACCGGCGCACAGAGGAGCUGUGCCAGAAGAUCCACACCCGUGAUGACUUGGACCAACUGGAUGAGGCACUGAAGUCCUUAAACAAAGAGCUGAUGAGAGAGAAUCAGCGGCUGCAGGACUUAGCUAUGCAGCUGCAGGAGAAACACCACAAGAUCUCGCUAGAGUACACGGAGCUGCAGGACAAGGUGACAUCGUCGGAGACCAAGGUGCUGGAGAUGGAGACGACGGUGGAGGAUCUGCAGUGGGACAUUGAGAAGCUGCGCAAGCGCGAGCAGAAGCUCAACAAACAUCUCGCUGAGGCGCUAGAGCAGCUGAACUCUGGUUACUACGUGUCAGGCAGCUCCGGGGGCUUCCAGGGUGGCCAGAUCACCCUCAGUAUGCAGAAGUUCGAGAUGCUGAAUGAGGAGGUGGAGGAGAACCAGGAGCUGGCCAACAGCCGCAUGGCUGAACUGGAGAAGCUGCAGCAGGAGCUGCAACAGGCUGUCAGGACCAACGAGAAGCUCAAGAUGGCGCUGCGCUCGCUGCCCGAGGAGGCGGUGAAGGAGACCCUGGACUACAAGGUGCUGCAGUCGCAGUUCUCGCUGCUCUACAACGAGAGCCUGCAGGUGAAGACCCAGCUGGACGAGGCGCGUGCCCUGCUGCUCACCACCAAGAACAGCCACCUGCGCCACAUCGAGCACAUGGAGAGCGACGAGCUGAACCUGCAGAAGAAGCUGCGCACGGAGGUGAUCCAGCUGGAGGACACGCUGGCCCAGGUGCGCAAGGAGUACGAGAUGCUGCGCAUCGAGUUCGAGCAGAACCUGGCGGCCAAUGAGCAAGCAGGCCCCAUUAACCGGGAGAUGCGCCACCUGAUCAGCAGCCUCCAGAACCACAACCACCAGCUGAAGGGAGACGUGCAGCGCUACAAACGCAAGCUGCGCGAGGUGCAGGCUGAGAUCAACAAGGUGAGCGCCCUGCUGGGGGGGGAGUGCAGGGUCCUGAUCCCUCUCCUCCCCAGGAAGGCCCAGGAGAGCCAGAAAGAGAUGAAGCUGCUGCUGGACAUGUACAAAUCGGCCCCCAAAGAGCAGCGGGACAAGGUGCAGCUCAUGGCUGCUGAGAAGAAGACCAAGGCCGAGGUGGAGGAGCUGCGUGGGCGGGUGCGGGAGCUGGAGGAGAAGGAGAAGAAGGAGAGCAAGAAGAUGGAGGAGGAGGACGCCCUGCGCAAGAUCAAGCUGGCGGAGGAGCAGAUUGAGCACCUGCAGAAGAAACUGGCUGCUACCAAGCAGGAGGAGGAGGCCCUGCUGUCGGAGAUGGAUGUGACGGGCCAGGCCUUCGAGGACAUGCAGGAGCAGAACAUGCGCCUCAUGCAGCAGCUGCGCGAGAAGGACGACGCCAACUUCAAGCUCAUGUCCGAGCGGAUCAAGUCCAACCAGAUCCACAAGCUGCUGCGCGAGGAGAAGGACGAGCUGGCGGAUCAGGUGCUGGCCCUCAAGUCCCAGGUAGGGGGCGGUGGAAGCGGCCCAGCUGGCCGAGGACCUGAAGGUGCAGCUGGAGCACGGGCCCAGCUGGCUGAGGAGCUGAAGGUGCAGCUGGAGCACGUGCAGUGCAAGCUGAAGGAAAUCCAGUCCUGCAUGGCGGAGAACCGGGCUGCCAAGGAGAAGGAGUCCUUCAACCUCAAGCAGGCCCAGGAGGACAUCUCCCGGCUGCGGCGCAAGCUGGAGAAGCAGAAGAAGGUGGAGGUGUACGCCGACGCUGACGAGAUACUGCAGGAAGAGAUCAAGGAGUACAAGGCCAAACUGACCUGUCCCUGCUGCAACACGCGCAAGAAGGACGCGGUGCUCACCAAGUGCUUCCACGUCUUCUGCUUCGACUGCGUCAAGACGCGCUACGACACCCGCCAGCGCAAGUGCCCCAAGUGCAACGCGGCCUUCGGCGCCAACGACUUCCACCGCAUCUACAUCAGCUGAGCGCCCGCAGUCCCCUGCAUCCCCCCGCCGGGCGCUGCAGAGCCUGCCAGCCCCCGCCCUGGCUCUUCCUUCCACAGAUCCCCCACCCCAGGGACUUGCUGCUGGGAUCCACGUGGCAGAUCCCCUCCUCCCAGCCCUCUGCGCUCCGCUCAGCAGAUGCUGCCAGGAUCCACCUGGCCUGCCCUAUGGAUCCCACCCACGUGCUCCCUGGUCCCUUGAGAGAAGGGUCCUCUGGAUCCUCCCUGGGUUCCAUUAGAUCCUCCGGGGCUGGUCUCCUCCCACUGUGUGAACCCCGGUGAGAAUCCUGUUGUGCUGAGAGGAUGCCCUGUGGGGGUGAAGGGUCCCAGGGGAGGGGGUAGAGAGGGACCGUUCAUUCUAUUUGGAUUUUAUUUUAUUUUUAAAUACGUUUUGUUGCGUGGGAAAUAAAGACUGGAGAGUGCCACCGGGGCCAGAUCCCACA